AUGCUUGAUAUACUCGAGUAUUGGAUAAAGACACUGCCUUUGUCAGAUGCCCAAACAAAAAUGUUUGUUAGGUCAUCAUGGCGGAUUCAAUUUGAUCGCCCUUUGCUGUUUGCUGCGCAUUUGCCAUCGGACAAUAACGAAAAAAAAAAGAAAGUUGUACCUCGUUUGGGUCCUCUUAUUCUCGAUGACUCAAUAAACAUGUCUUUUCUAACCAAAGACCAACUUGACAAAUAUCUCGACAGCUUGCCCAAUAACAGCAGAAGUCAGAGUAAAACCAGUAGUAAAAGAAUGAGCAAAGCACCAGCCUCUCCUACAACAAACUAUCAAGCAUUAAAGAAUGAACUCAUUUAUCCAUUGCAGAACAUGUCUAUCGUGGCUGAUGAGAAUGAGCGGCCAUCACAUAAGGGCAGCAGCAAAAAUAUCGAGCAGGAAGGGUACGGCAGUAUCAAAGAUAGAAUGAGAAGAUUAAAAGAAGCUACAGGAACUGUAUUAUCAACUACACAAAGUGCGAUACCAGCUUUUCCGGCACCAUCUAAACAUUUGAAUGAUGAGACAACAAUCACCAUCUCUCAACCGAAAAAGAAGGUUGACGCUUUUGAAGCGUGCUUAGAUCCAAAAGUGUUCCAGCAUAGUCAGCAACAAAUGUAUAGGAAACCAUUAGAAAAUGAAGCACAGCAACAGCCACAGCAGGCUUCCGCACAAGCUUCAUCGCCAUUAUCCUUGAAGAAUUUCCCUCUAAAGAACAACUCACCUAAUCCUCCACCGCCUUUGCCCAGAAUGUCAAACAGCAGCAGCAACUCAUCACCACCACCUGCCAUUCCUAACAGCCCACGCCCAUCCAGACCUAAUAAAAAAACCAAUAACCAGCAGAAUGAUAAAGUGAAAACCCUCAAUCCUAUCUACGCUGGUUUGGAUUGCCCGAAAUGUCAUCGACCUAUUGCUGAAGAAGGAGAAAUUGUAUCAGUAAUGGAGGAUAAGCAAAUAUGGCACGCUUGUUGCUUUACAUGCACGGCCUGUCAUGCCCCUUUAGACCAUGUACAGUAUUUCGAGCACGAUAGCAAACCAUAUUGCGAGAAGGAUUACAAAGAAUUAUUCAGUUUAAUAUGUGAUUAUUGCCAUGAACCCAUCGUCAACCAAGCAGCCAUCAGAGCAUUGGGUAAGCAUUUUCAUGAGGGUCAUUUUCGUUGCUCAGCAUGUCAAAAGCCAUUAGGGGACCAGGUUGCAUUUUUGGUUCACGAAGAGAAGCCUUAUUGCCAGGAGGAUUACCAAAAACUGUUUGGAAAAAAAUGUGCUGGAUGUAAGGAACCUAUCUCAGGACAAUAUAUAAAUGCGUUGGAUCAAAGCUGGCAUCCCAAUUGCUUUGUUUGCACGCCUUAUUGUGAAGAUGACUACCACAAUAGCAAGCAACAGUUUUCGUCAAAACAAGCAUUACCGCUGAACCAGCAACAACAACAAUCAAAAAAACAACCAUUUACUGCCACUGAUAAUGAAACACCAAAUUUAAAACCAAAGCCAUCUGUCCCCAAAAAGCCGGCCUUUAUUCCUGCAUUCUCAUCCUCAUCUAUAUCGCUAUCGACUCCUCACAGCCAGAAUAUUGCAGAGCCAUCUAGUAAAAAUCAGCAAACAAACGCAAGGUCUGCCAACCAAAAUGAUAGCAAUGAUAGCUUAAAUAGAAUGAAGCGCUGUCAUCAAUGCAAAGAAGUUAUCGAUGGCCCAUUUGCCCAAGCUUUUGGUCACGAUUAUCAUAUUCAUCAUUUCCAAUGUUUUAUCUGUAGUAGAGCGUUAUCAUCACGUGUUCCAGGUAUGUGGCAAGAUGAUGGAAACGGUGAGAUUGCAUUUACAACAGGAUAUAUAAAAUGA